AUGACGAUUAUCGCUCUUCUCAUUGUUCUGGCUUUCGCAGCUCAAUCUCUGGGCAGCCCGACGAAUUAUAUUGUCGGUGUAUCUGCGGCUGACAUCGCCGAUUUUCCGUACCAGUGUUCUCUGCGGUAUUCCGAUUCGCGCACGUGUGGUUGUCACGAAAAUUACAACGAUGGAUCAGGAACGUUUGCUAACGAUGUUGCAGUGAUCGCUCUGUCGAGUGAUUUAGCAUUUACUGACAACAUCAAGGCUGCUAACUUAUCGCUACCCACCGACCCUGACUACGACGGCGACGACUGUAUUCUGACAGGAUGGGGCCAUACAAACACGGGAACUCUCUUACCGGACAAGUUAUUGCAAUUGACCACAACAGGUUUAAGCAGAGCAGAAUGCCAGUCUGCCAUGAGCGGGAUUUCGGGUGUCGACAUUCAGAACAUGCACCUUUGUGUUAUGACAGCUGCAAAAGAUGAAGGAUCAUGCAGUGGUGACAGCGGAGGACCAAUGCAAUGUAGAGGCGAAGUCGCCGGCGUGACGUCAUGGGGUAUUUCCAAUAGCGGAACCUGUUUGACAACCUACCCGAGCGUGUACGCCAGAGUGAGCCACUUCAACAGUUGGAUCAGCGGCGCGUAA